CAGAAAUUUUCAUCAAUGCUCGCGAUCGCGAACAUUAUAAUAAGGAUAAAUAAAGAUCUUCUUCACAGUUCUUGUACUUCCUAAGUUGUAGUCAACUUCUUCUAGAUACGAAUACAAGAAGUACAAUAUUAUAUCGUUUCAAGAGCAACAAAAUGGCAUACAACAACCAAGGGGACAAUGUCGAAUAUGCUGAGGUGCAGCAUACAAACAAGAGGGCAAUGUUCACGCAGCAAGCGGUCCACCGGAAGCGGAUACAAUCGCUGCGACGCAACUUUUGACCAACGGCCAUCAUCAUCGGUUGUUAAUAGGAGCACUUCUAACAACCGAUGAUGAUGGCCGUUCAACCGCAGAUCGCGAUGAUCCAACCGGACAAGGCUGACGUGAAGAGCAAGCGCUUUUGGACUUGGGUAGAUGAAGAUGAAUCACGGAGAGCGCUAACUCUGGAGGGAAGCUUCUACUUCUAUUUCAUCUUCUUCGAGCUGCUCACGUUCGUCCUUUUGGCUAACACGACGCACAGUCUCGAAGGUCUCGCGCUCUUUUUGGGAGCCGGUAUGCUUUCGUACCUGAGCCCAAGUACUGGCCGUGCCGGGGAACAAGCUAAUAACCCCCCAUUGGAACAUCAGGGCGCCUCAGUCUUCUUUUCUUUCACGAUUUUAUUGGUCGGUUUUUUUCAUGAGAGAAAGAAUGAUACUAUUCACGAGAAAGCCAAGCACAAGAAAACCAAGUUCUUGAUGCGCAUAAUUUUUGAUUAAACCAGCUGAAACUCUCACCAGCUGAACAGUUCUUACUCAUUCUUUUUACGAAGUUGCCUCAUAAAUGAGGCGUCCUUCUCUCUCUUGGAAAGUUGUUUUUCCUUACGUAAACCAAGUUCUUGAUGCUUCUGCCCGUAGCCGGGCAUUUCUCAUUUCAAAGAUCGGCACUUUUUGCAUAGAUCGACAGUAGCGCUCUUACCGAUUGCGAUGGAUUUUUUUAAUAGUAUCAUUUUUUCUUUCACUGGCUUGGUUCUUGCUUCCCUAGUUUGUAGUUACGUCUGCUUCACCGCAAAUUUAAUUACUCAUGUUGAGCAUUUUGUCGUAAUCCCCUUCCCUCAAAAUACAAAUCCUAUUCAUCCCAUGCAUAAUAUCCUAAUGAGAAAACAAUGAACUAGACGCGCAACAGAAUGCCUACAACACAGCAACGAACUUAGUCUUGGGCUUGACCACAAUAAGUUCUAAGACCAACAAAAAGUAGGCGCAGACGCAGAGAAUUCAACAUACCAACUUCUUACCGAUAAACUGACGAGGGCGUGUAGAUGUAGAACUAGAAGAGUGUUGUACUACUCCUUGAUCAUUAGUAUAGCAUAGAAGAAAUUGAUGAAAACAUCAAGCGGAGCAGGAGGUGACGUAAUAACUUCUUUAGCUCUUGAUAGAUGUAAUUGAUAGCUACUAAUGAACCAACCAACAAAAUUUGUAUAUUUUCGAGGCCAUUUUCCCUCGAGUGAUGUGCCCCUCCUGGGGGCCUCACAACGAGAAUUCAUCAACAUGUUGCACUUGAAAUGCUAGAUUAUACCAGGAGGUCAUGGAUGAGGACUACAAACAUGAUUUUCAAACCGGCGGGAAGAAGAUGACUUCUUCUAGUACUGAUGAUGAUAAUGAUGGACUUCUGUUGCUUAGGAGGACUACCUCGACGCCUAGCCACGUAGUCUCUGAGACGCCACGACGAU